GGUCCUCCAAGACCCCGUGGUACCCCCGGAGGCUGAGGUCCUCCGAGACUCUAUGGUCCGCCAGGACCCCAACGUCAAGCGAGACCUCGCGGUCCUCCGAGACUCUACGGCCAAGCGGGGGUCCGUGGUCCUCCAAGAUUCCGUGGUCCUCCAAGACCCCACGAUCCGUCUGGAGGCGGAGGUCAAGCGAGGGUCCGUGGUCCUCCAACACCCUGUGGUCCUCCGAGGCUCCGCGGUCCUCCGGGACCUCAAUGUCAACCAAGACUCCGUUGUCCUCCAAGACUCCGUGCUCAACCGAGGCUCUGUGGUCCUCCGAGACCCCGUGGCCCAGCUGGAGAGAGAAGUCCUCCAACACCCCGCGCUCCUCCCCGCCCCCGUGACCCCCCCGGAGCCUGACCCCCCCCAGGGCCCCACCGCCGCCCCCGGCCCUGUGACCGACCGACGCUCUGUGACCGCCCAGCGCUCCGUCCCCACGGACCUGGAGGACCACCGCCGCCCCACGGCCCGCGGGGACGCCGAGGGCCACCGGGACUCUAUGGUCAACUGCUGCCCCGCGGAUCAGCUGGAGCUGGAGAACCCCCACGGCUCCACGGCCCCUCUGGGUCUGGAGGUCCCCCAGAACUCUGUGUCCGACUGCUGCCCCACGGCCCCUCUAGGCCCCAAGGCUCGCCCCAACUCUAUGGUUAACUGUGACCCAACGGAACACCUUGACUUGAAGGCCUGCUGUGACUCUAUGGCCAACCACGACCCGACAGCCGCUCUAGGCCUCAAGGUCCUCCAGAGCUCUAUGGUCAACUGCAGCCCCAUGGCCACUCUAGGCCCCAAAGCCCGCCAUGACUCUGUGGUUAACAGUGACCCAAUGGAACACCUUGACUUGCAGGCCCACCACAACUCUAUGGUUAACCACGACCAAACGGCCGCUCUAGGCCCAAAAGCCCACUGUGACUCUAUGGUCAAACGCAGCCCUGUGGCCCCUCUAGUCCCAAAGGCCCACUGUGACUCUAUGGCCAACCGCGACCCGACAGCCGCUCUAGGCCUCAAGGUCCUCCAGAACUCUGUGGUCAACUGCAGACCCAUGGCCACUCUAGGACCCAGUGCCCACCGUGACUCUAUGGUUAACUGUGACCCAAUGGAACACCUUGACUUGAAGGCCCACCACAACUCUAUGGCCAACCCUGACCCGAUGGCCGCUCUAGGCCCCACUGCCCACCGAGACUCUAUGGUCAACUGCAGCCCCAUGGCCGCUCUAGGGGACCCCAACCCGUGCAAUCAUUAUGGGGGUCCCACCAGCGGAUCCCGACCCAUGGACCCGUUAUGGGGUCUCACCACGGGGUCCCAACCCAUGGACCCGUAUCGGGGUCCCACCAUGGGGUCCUAA